AUGCAUACAAUUACAAAUGGUGGCCAAGUGGAUGCUCCUGUGCUUCAGAUCUUGGGAUUUAAGCUGCUUCAGAGUGACAAGUCAGAACGAUACCGGCUGCUCAUCUCAGAUGGCAAACACAUGAACAGCAUGGCAAUGCUGGCAACCCAGCUCAACCACAUGGUCACUGAUGAUCCGGGCUGGUUCGAGCGAUUGUUCAUCAUCCUCGAACUGACCCUACUGACUCCCGGAGAAGAGGUGGGGCGUCGAAUUGGCAAUCCUGUGAACUUUGGCUCUGAUUCCAAGUCAGCGGUCACCCCUCAAGCUGACAACCCACAACCUUCUUCUAUGUCAAGAUCAAUUGCCCCUCCUUCCCACUCUUCAUCCAGCAUGUUUGGUGAGACUAAGAAAGCAACACCAAGCGCAUCAGCCAGUCGCAACUCAGACAUGGCUGCAAAUGCACUCAGUGGGCCAACUCAUCCCAUCUCCAGUCUUACCCCAUACCAAAACAAGUGGACUGUUCGGGCCCGGGUCACCAACAAGUCAGGUAUACGAACAUAUUCCAAUUCACGAGGUGAGGGGAAGCUCUUUUCAGUGGACUUCACAGAUGAGAGUGGAGAAAUACGUGCAACAGGUUUCAACGAUGCCUGUGACAAGUUAUAUGACCUGCUUGAACUGGGGAAGGUGUAUUACAUAAGUCGAUGCUCCCUGAAGUCUGCACGCAAGGAAUACAACAACCUCAAAAAUGACUAUGAGAUGUAUUUCAAUUCUGAUACGGCCAUCAUCCCAUGCCAUGAUGCUGCUGAUGAUGUUCCCUCAGUGCAGUAUAACUUUGUUCCCAUCAGUUCCUUACCUAGCUACUUGGAGAAACCAGGACUUCAUGAUGUUAUUGGUGUUUGCAAAUCUGCGGGUGAUGUCCAAAACAUCACGGUUCGGUCAACAAAUCGAGAGACGUCAAAGCGAGACCUGACCUUGGUGGACAAGUCAGGUCAUGAGGUCAUUUUAACUCUAUGGGGGGAAGAAGCCCUGAAAUUUGACCCAGCAGCUCAGCCAAUUGUUGCAUGCAAGGGACUGAGGCUCAGCACCUUCAAUGGCUGCUCAGCUUCCUCUGUCAGCAGCACCCUCAUUCAGAUCAAUCCAGACAUCCCAGAGGCACAUACCUUGAGAGGUUGGUAUGACAAUGUUGGCUGUCAGAUGGAAACACAGAGCAUCUCCACUCAGCGAGGUGCAGGUGGGGCUGGAGGGAUGGGUGGAAACUGGUUGACCCUGGGUGAAGCAAAGGUGGACCAGCUGGGCUCCCAGCAGACUGACUACUACAACUGUAAGGCAAGUGUGGUGAUGAUCAAGAAGGAGAACUGCAUGUACAUGGCAUGCCCCAAUGGGGACUGCAACAAGAAGGUCAUUGACCAAAACAAUGGCCUCUACAGAUGUGAGAAGUGCAACAAGGAAUUUGCCAACUACAAGUGGAGGCUCAUGCUCCAAAUGAAUAUUGCAGACUUCACAGACAGUGCAUGGGUGACUUGCUUUCAUGAUGUGGCUGAGACCGUGUUGGGUGUGUCAGCAGGAGACCUGGGUCAUCUUCGAGACAGCGAUCCCACAGCGUUCAACCAGGUUCUUGAUGAUGCGCACUUCAAAAGCUUUAUCUUUCGACUUCAGGUCAAGCUGGAGAACUACAAUGAUGAGAUGAGGCUGAGAACAAGAGUCUUCUCGGCCACUCCGAUCGACCAUGCACAGUAUGCCAAGCGCCUGGAAGAAGAGCUCAAGAAACUGGGCAUU